UCACAGUCACAGUGACUGAGUGACACACUGUUGUAACUUAGUGAGUAGUCGUCACUCGUCAGUCGAUAGUCCAUACUUAAUAAUUAUUUGUUACAAGUUAGUAAUUUAGUAUAUCUUAGAGCUUGAUACUACGACCGCUUAGGUUACUAUAAUUCUAUGAUCUAUUCAAUUUCUCUCUUAUUGUGACAACUAACAACGAAAUUUGUGUUUAAAGAAAUAAUUUUGAUAUUUAAAGGGUUUUGUCCCUCAAAUUUCCCAUCAAGCACUGUUAAUCAAAAAUAAUAAACAAUGUGUGCUAAAAUGGCAUUCACGCAUCAACCUGGCACCGCCAUGGAGUGCCUUAGUAUACCUAUUACUUUAACAAAAGAAUCUGCAAUUGAUACUGAUGGUCGUGAAUUAUUGAAAUGUGGGUUUAAAAUUGGUGGAGGCAUUGAUCAAGAUUUUCGAAAAAGUCCUCAAGGAUAUACAGAUAAUGGUAUUUAUGUAACUGAAGUACAUGAUGGAAGUCCUGCAUCUAGGUCUGGAUUACGAAUACAUGAUAAAAUAUUACAAUGUAAUGGAUAUGAUUUUACGAUGGUAACUCAUAAAAAAGCUGUGGAUUAUAUUAAGAAACAUAAAAUACUAAAUUUAUUAGUUGCUCGAAGAGGUGUUACAUCAACAUAAUAUAUUGAAAACGAGAAAA